CGGUACUUACAGUAGAAGCCCCGUGCGUCCCGUCAUGCUCUGCUUUUCGUAAUUAACGUUUUAGCUAGCAUAACUUCCUCACCUUGGGUACCAAUAUCAGCUUGUUCUUUCGUGUUUUCUUCGUCGAAAACCAAUUCAAAACAGCCCCCAAAAUCUCCAAAACCAAGUCCCAUGACCAGAACUCGGUCACUUUCAAUUUUGCCCCAUCCCACUGCGCCGCGCGAAUUUUAAAAUGAUCAUUCUACGUUUACACGGAUUGUAACUUCCAGCUCGAUCAGCUACGUUUUUUGAUCGUUGUGUGGGGCAGUUUUGAGCUACUUUUUUUCCAAUCCCAUUGAGCAAACUUCAUUUGUGCAUGCAAUGAAAGAUACAUGAACAUUCCGGGAAAAAGCGGGAAAUGACAUCAUUUAUUAUGAUAACAACAUGGCACUCGGCGCCAACCUCGUUCCCAGGGUCCUCUCUCUACCUCGAGAAAGUAUCGAGGUAGAGAGGGGACCCUGGGAACGAGGUUGACUCGGACGUAGAUUGCACCUUGCAUGUCGUCAUCUGACUAGCUACGAUUCAUUUCGUUUGUCCUUCCGUAUCAUUUAAAGUUUUGAAGCACAAUAGGGUGCGGAUAAUAAUUGUCCUAACUAUGUGAAGGAUUCUAGUAGUUUUAGUCCAAAACUAACCUUUUUUCGUGACUAACUCUUGACGGGCACGCGAAUUACUUGUGACGGUCCCGAGACGGUCAUUAGCUUUGAAAAAAGUCACGCCAACCGUUGACUGAACCUCAUCGGCCAAAACUUGAUUUUUAGAUAGCUUUAGAUGGAAGGCUUAUUACUGAAUCGUGAUAACUGCGAACAAGGAAGUUUCAAACGCGUUUUCAAACCGAGAGAAACGCCCCACCAUCCAUGCGAUGUUACUCUGGUUGUCAAUGGUGGGAAAGUAGAAUUUAAAGCUCAUGGAGAUGUUCUUUCAGAGGCAAGUCUUUUCUUUCAAAAGCUGCUAGACAGCGACAUGAAGGAGUCUAAAGAAGGUAUAGUUCGGUUGGAGUUGUUUAGCGAGGCUGUUAUGGCGGCAACACUAGAGUUUAUUUACACCGGAAAUACUCAGAUAUCCACUCUAGAGAUUGCUGAAGGCCUAAUAGUUUUGGCUGAUUAUUUGUUUCUUCCAAAACUCAAAACUCUCGCCAAGCGGGUUGCAGUAAAUCUAAAGACGUUGAAUGUGUCGAACUGCAUUUCAAGUUACCAUUUUGCGGAAAUAUACCAAUGCGAGGAACUUCUUUCGAAGGCCAGACAGUUCAUCUUUUCAAAUUUCACCACCGUGGCAAAAACAGAAGAGUUUAUGAAUAUGUCGAGCAAACGAAUUGAAAUGUGGAUUUCAAGCGAUGAGAUAGAUAUUAGUGCAGAGGAAGAUGUAUUUAAGAUCAUUCUAAGAUGGAUUAAUCGUGACAAAACUGAACGAAAGAAACAGUUCGCCGAAUUAUUUCGACACGUUCGCCUUGUUUAUGUCACGCGUGACUAUCUACAAAGUGAUGUCGUGACGAAUGAGCUCGUAAGAGGCAAUGGAGAUUGCUUGGACCUUGUGAAGGACGCAAUGAAGGUGAUUGACUGCAAAAGCUAUCACGAUCUCCCUACCAGACCAAGAAAGUGCCUGGAAACCACUGUCAUUGUAUGCUGCCUCGAAGAGCAUAUCUUGGGAUUUUUUCCUCGCGAGGACAAGUUGUGUAGGAUAGGUAAAAACUCAUUUUCCCGGGCGUUUUCAAUUUGCAAUCCCCCUUCUCAACUGAUACCUUGUCAAGGCAAGCUAUAUUGUAUCUGCCCACCUUUGCAACGACUGAUAUGCUAUGAUCCACUCUCUAACAUUUGGAGGUCGCUUCCAUACCCAAAAGGCAGGAAUGUGCGGCAAAUAUUUGCUAGAAAUGAGGACGAAAUGUUCGCUUUGGUGUCGGAAUUCACGGAAAAUCACCCGAACGACGUUCCUCCGUACAUCUCGAAGUACAGACCCGAAUCAAACACUUGGGAAGAUAUAUCAUCAUUAAAGUUCACAAUGGUGAGUUUAUCUUCCCAAGAAGGAAUGUGCAUUUUAGCGAAAGACAGUUUUGUUUAUUUCAUUGGAGGAAGAAGAAUGCGAAACCACUGGAGGCGCCCAGUGCUGCCAAAUGUUUACAGGUACGAUCUCGUUAAAAAACAGGGGGACAAGCUAGCCAACUUGCAGAUAGAGAGAGCGUUUGCUUGCGCAGCUUCCGCGCACGGGAAAAUUUUUGUCACUGGCGGAAUUAAUCGUUAUAAAAUGAUAUCAAAUGCCUGUGAAGUCUACGAUGAAACAACGAACGAAUGGCAGUUUAUUGCAAGCUUGUACAUGCCUUCCGACGCGGUUCCACAGAUCUUGUCCGUGGACGAUGCACUGUAUGCAUUAGGACAUUUCUACGACAGCGACUCGCUAGGGACAAAGAUUGAGUGCUAUGACCCAGAUAAAGACGAAUGGAACGAAAGAACUGAAAUACCUUUGCGCGUUAACGCAACGGAGGCCCGAAAGUACCGUCUUUGCGACUGCUCUGACCGUGUAAACGCUUGUUCGUUGAGAAUUUUUAAGGGACUCCUUAGUGACUGCAAGGUUCAAAAGAAAGCUUCGGCUUCCCCUGUCGUGUCUCGUGACAAAGCCGAAACACCUUAUGCACGCAGGUGUUUAAUCCUGUGAACAAACCGAGUAACAAGUAAUUUUCACUCUUGGUUCUUUGUAAGAAUGGUCAUAAACAAUAGCCUCCAUUUAGCGCGAAAAUAUGCCCGGAUAUUUGUCCGCGGACAUUAUUUGUUCUGAGAAGCGAACAGGUUUCCGCGCAAAAUGGAUUAUAUCGUGUUUACUAACCUUCAAAUAUUUUUAGGACCAUACGCAGUUUUGAAAAUUGGGGAAUAUUAUAUUAUUAUUGAUUUAAUAUUUGCCCCAUACUGAUAUGCAAAAGAAAUGAACUAGUCAAUCCAAAUAAAACUAGAUUAAAGAGAAAAAGUGGCGAGAAGACCGAAAAGAAACUAUAAAGCAAGUAUAAAGCAUAUGUCUGUGCGGCCUCCAAUCGAUAUUAAAAGCUAUUAAAACUAAGAUUAACACAAGGCGUUGAGUCCAAAAGUGGUAUAGUUAUAUAGCAAGUUUUAUUAUAUGGCUAGCUCCGUGAGCGGGCAAGAUGAAUCAAAUCCUGCGCUGUGAU